AUGGUCGAUACAUUCACGACACUUGGAUUCCAGCACGAUCUACACUCUACGACAAGUGUCCAAACAGUUUUGUCAAAACUGCCUACACCUUGCCGACUAGAAUGGAAUAGAUACAAUCUGCAAUGCAACAUCAGACAACCAUCACUCAUCGACCUCACCAAUUGGUUCAACAUCUACGCCGAAGCAUGCAGCGAUUUGCCGAGCAACAACAACACCAGAAACAGCAGCAGCAGCAACAACUACAACAGCAGCAACACUCAAGGAUCAUCAUCCAACGGUCACACCCACCAACAUGGACCAUCGGAUCACUGCGCCAAUCAGAACAACCGGAACCAGCAACGCAGCCAGCAGCAACAUAAAUCUGGACAAAAGGAUCAACGACGAUAUUUUUGCCCGGAGAAACGCAAUUGCCAGUACCUUGGAAAAUGCCAACACUUCAUCGCAAUGUACCCAAAGGACAGAUUACAGCAUGCCAGGGACCUACAACUAUGUUUCAACUGCCUCAGCCCCCACAAGUUCGCCGACUGUCAAUCAACGCAAACCUGCCGGACGGACGGAUGCAGUAAGAAACACCACACGCUUCUGCACAACAGCAGCACCUACAACUCGACGACACAGAGGGAGACAGCCAACCGGAACUCCAGACAACAUGACGACACCACCAACUGCAGCACCAGCAUAAGCAGAAGGAAAUCGACUCGCCACAUUCCGACCCUACCAAUAACGAUCUCUCAUGGCAAACAUAGAGUUCAUGCCUAUGCAAUGCUUGAUUGUGGAAGCAAACUGACAUUGCUUAAAUCAUCAAUCGCCCUCCAACUUAAACCAGAUCUGCAUUUAGACGACACCAUCCAGCUAAACCAAGCACUGACAUCAUCAGACACAGCUUCUACAAAGAUAACGAUCGCGAAUGGACCCUACAACCAGCAAAAGCAGCCAUUUCAACUAAAUGACAUCGACGUCAUAAUGGAUUGGAACCUUUCCCAAUUCAACCCUGAACUCGUCAACUCCAUCUGCCAAAGGAACGAGCCACUUCAACACAUUCGGAUAGCCACACUGCCCUCGAAAGAAAUUAGAAUCAUCAUUGGAUGCGAUUUCGCCGAACUCGUGACACCUUCAGAAGUAAUCCAUUCAAAACAAAAUGGGCCUAUUGGAUGGAAAACGCCACUUGGAUGGUCUCUCUGUGGACGAGACAAUGCAGCGACACCCAACGACAUCAACACAAUCAACGUCACGACAGACGAUACACUGUUUCGCCACGUAGCUGAAUGGAUGAAAUUGGACGCCGAAGGGAUUUCAACUGACCAACGCAGCCUCUCGACAGACGACAAGGAAGCUCUCCGCAUCUUGGAAUCUUCAACAACCCGCUUGCCCAAUAGACAUUACGAAGUUGGAAUGCUUUGGAAACGUGGACAACAACUGCCAAACAAUAGAUGGCUUGCCAAGAAGCAGCUCGACAGCCUUCUCCAACGACUGAAGAGAAACACCGAGAUGGCACAGAAAUAUCAGGAGACCAUCGACACCGACUUGCAGAAAGGUUUCAUAGUCAAAGUUGAUGAUUCUCAUGAAGACUCAACAAGAAAAUGGUACCUUCUGAUCAUCCAGUGA